AUGCGCCUCCCCCUACUCCUGUCUUUCUUAGCGGUCGUUGAUGGUUUGAAGGAUGACUUCUCGAGCACACAUCUCGUCGGUUCUUGCGCGUGGAGCCCGCUGCUGAUAUUGGACGAGGACAUCUCCUGCCGCCCUGGUUCAGUUUCCAUACACUCGGGGCUCGGCACGGACAGACUGCCCCGGCAUCGCGCGGAGUCGCCGGCAAGUUCGAACGAGACAGGUUGGGAGGGACCUAAGCACUGCGUGAGAGAGUAUUGCGUUUAUUCGAAUCGGAAAUUCGCAGGAGGGAUCACAGUGAUCACCACAGCCGACAAUGCUAAGCGGAUAGCUAAGAUCCCCGAGGUCACGACGGUCAGAAGUGGACCGGCGCCCUUUUUUGCUACUGAGGUGCCGGGGAAGGGGACCGGACUGGUCGCAAACCGUACGAUCAGGCGUGGAGAGAUGAUAAUGACCUGGCAGCCGACUUUUGUGAUCCAUCGUCGCUUGCCAGACGACUUGACUCAAGAAGAGCAGUAUCGCUUACUAGACGCCGCGCUGCUGAAGCUGCCAGCACAGCGGAGACGGGCCUUUUCGAGACAAAUGGGCCAAUUUGGCGGGCAUCGCGUCAGCGACAUCCUGUUAACAAAUGCAUUCCAGAUGGAUGUUGGUGGAGAGGGCGGGGGAGAGGAGGGACAUCACCUUUCAAAUUUUCCAGAUGUGAGCCUGUACAACCACGAGUGUCGGCCAAACACAGCCUUCUAUAUCGACGACCACCUGACCCACCAUACUCAUGCUGUUCGAGAUAUCAAGGUCGGUGAAGAGCUCACUUUGACCUACAUGAACCCAUUCGAGACUUUCGCGGCGAGGCAGGCGCACAUCCAGCAGUCGUGGGGCUUCAAGUGCACGUGUCCGCACUGCACGAUGGCAGAGGACAAGAUUCGGGAGUCGGACGCGCGGCUGUACGAGAUCGACGAGAUAGAGGCGGAGCUGGGCAACUUUGCGAGCAAGAUGGUGUCGGUCAAGAUGGUGGAGCGGCUGCUUGAGACUUACGAGCUGGAGAGGUUGGAUGCUAAAGUCCACGGCGCGUAUGUGCUUGCGGCAUUGAAUUACAACUUGUUUGGCGACGCAAAAAAUGCGAAGAAGUAUGCGAAGUUGGCGGUCGAGACGGGAAUCGUCGAGUUCGGGCCUGAUGCAGACGACGUCGCGGCGAUGAGGGAGUUGGCGCGAGACCCGAAGGGCCAUUUCACCUGGAGGAAGCGAGUUUGA